AUGGAGGACAACCGGAGCAAGGACACGGCGACCAAGUACCGCGGCGUGAGGAGGCGGCCGUGGGGCAAGUUCGCGGCGGAGAUCCGCGACCCGGAGCGCGGCGGGGCGCGCGUCUGGCUCGGCACCUUCGACACCGCCGAGGAGGCGGCGCGUGCCUACGACCGCGCGGCCUACGCCCAGCGCGGCGCCGCCGCCGUGCUCAACUUCCCGGCCGCCGCCGCCGCCGGCAGGGGUGGAGGAGCCGGCGGCGCCGCUUCCGGGUCGUCGUCGUCGUCGUCCGCGCAGCGCGGCAGGGGCGACAAGAUCGAGUUCGAGUACCUCGACGACAAGGUGCUCGACGAUCUCCUCGACGACGAGAAGUACCGUGGUAAAUGAUCAAGAUCAUGAUCAGAGCUAGGCAUCUUGUUCUUGCAUGCAUGCACAAGAACAAAUGACCUAAUUAAACAACCAUAUAAAUACACUUAUACACAUAUA